CCAUGCUGAUGUCAGAGAUUUUUUUUUUCUCCUCUGCCCUCCAUAGUGGGAGGAUCUCUGUGCGUUGAGUCACGCAGCUGUCAAAGAUAGCUGUCACCCAGUUUCAGGAUCAAACACACAGUCAAUGAGAAAAGGGCUUUUGAGCCGAAGGGACGCGAGAGAUCUCAGGUAAAACCCCCCUCCUCCUUUUUACUUUAAGUCUAAAAAAAACAAGAGGACGACUAGAAAAAGAAAAACACACAGAAAGAAGAAGAAGAAGGAGAAGCGAGUUUUGAUGAAUAAGGAUUUUCGCAUAUUCGGAUACACGCUGUGGAUAUCUGGAGGAAAGAAGAAAAAACCCAGCGCACUGACACAAAGACUAUUUUCUUCUGCGCUCGGCACGGGAACAAAAGUGUGCAUUUUCGGACGGAGAUGAAGACGAAAAAGGGUUUGAUGAUGCUGUCAGGGAGCGAGACGGACGACGAGGACAGCGUGGAUGCCCCCCUGGAUUUGUCGUCCAGCACGGGGAGCAGCGGGAAAAGAAAACGGCGGGGGAAUCUGCCCAAGGAGUCGGUUCAGAUCCUCCGGGACUGGUUGUACGAACACCGUUACAACGCUUACCCCUCUGAACAGGAGAAAGCCCUCCUGUCAAAGCAGACUCAGCUCUCCACACUACAGGUGUGCAACUGGUUCAUUAAUGCGCGGCGGCGGCUUCUACCAGAGAUGCUGAGGAAAGAUGGCAAAGAUCCCAACCAGUUCACCAUAUCCAGGAAAGGUAGCAAGGCUGGCGACAGCUUCUCUGACAGCUCCCAGUCCCCGAAACACAGCAGCCCCGCAGCAGGUACGGAGGAGAGCUACGACAAACGCGUCCUCCACCCCUCCAGCUUCGAACCCGCCAUGCCCAGCGUCCUGAGGAAGGCGGCGUCUCCCUCCUCACCCUCUCCAACCUCCGUGUCCCCCUCUCCGGGGGGGCUCAUGCCCACCCGCCCUUCUGUCAUCUGUCACACCACUGUCACCACAGCAAUGCAGGCCAGUCCGACAGCCGCCCACCCCUCUGUGCCAGGAAUGAACUGCGACAGGGCGGCCGAGCUGUUGCAGUCCGCUCAGGCGCUGUUCAGGUGCCGGGAUGAAGGGCCGGGCGGCCAGCCGCUCCCCACCACUACCACCAUCCUCAGCAGCGCCGGCAUGGAGGGCAACCUGAGCCCCCGCAGCGGGCUCUUCAACACCCCUCCCCCCACCCCUCCAGACCUCACACAAGACUUCAGCGGCUUCCAGCUCCUGGUGGAUGUGGCCCUCAAACGGGCUGCAGAAAUGGAGCUGCAAGCCAAACAGCUGGUCUCCUAAAGGGAGAAAGUGACAGGAGAAGAAGAAGAGGAGGAAGAGGAGGAGGAGGAGGAGAGGGAAUGGAGACUGACUUUGUGUCUCGACUAUGGGGACUCCUCUGAGUUAAGUGACUUGUCUGCACGCGACAGAGAACAAAUCCACAUGAAAGCCUGAUCAUUUCUAUUUUUGGUAUACCAAUCAAAUUGAUGAGGAUGUUUUUUUAUGGAGAAAAAAAAACUGUAUCGAGGUGCCUUGGCUGUAAGUUGUUUAUUCAUUUCACAUACAUGCGUAUGUAUCUACAUGUGUAUCUUAUUUGCACACAGGGACCAAAAAUGUUAUCGGAGAAAUGCUGCCUGUCUUAUGUCUUUUUCCAUUAUACAUGUAUAUCAUUUUUAGAGAACGUAGAGGAGCUUAGAAACCAGCCCUCCUUCACAGACCAGUCACACGGAUUGGUGGCAUCCACACACGUUUUACUGUUUCUACAUUUCAGAUAUCAGUUCAUGAUUGGUCUGCCUCAUUUGUUUGCACACUAAAAGGCAGAAGAAGGUCAUCUCAGUGUCUUAAACAUACUUUGCUCUUGGCAUCUAUGACAAACUUAUUCACUACUGUAGUAUUGUUAUGUGUUAUCAUGAGUAUAAGUAUAGUUUUGAUUUUGUAAUUUACUUUUAGCUAUUUUAAAAGAAAAAACCUCUAUCCUUUUUUUUUUUUUUUUACUCCUUCUUCCCCUUCCCGAGGGAUAUUUCAGAUGACCAAUGUAGCAGGUUCUUAGUCUGAGCCUUCAUCCCAUCACUCAGCGAAAAAAAAAACGACGGCCAGUGGACUGGAAAAUUAAACACUACAGAUGUCUUUUCUGCAUUUUGCUGUUUUACAAACCUGACAAAGACAGCAUUUAUGAAAUCACCAAAAAAAAAAAAGAAGCAUUUUCAUGUAUAAUAGGACCAUGUGUAUAGUUAAUGUGACACGACGCCCAAUGAUGUGAUUUCUUUUCAUACUGUGCAAUGUUUGUGGCAAAUAGGGGUCACAUGGGAUUCAAAUAAAGUUUUGUUUUUCUACA